AUUUUGCCAUACCGUUUGUCUAUCCAUUCAGCAAUUCGAGAGUAAACAUUUUCUUGAAAAAAUAAAUCUUUCAGAUUUGUUGAAUUUUCUUGCAGAAAUUGCCGCAUCCACCCCUCUGUUCAUUUUGUCUGAUCACUAGUCGAGUUGCAGUACAGUUACAAUGAAUGAUUGAUUUGUUUGAUGAUUUCGAUGUAUAACACGUUUCAUUUAGUUUUUAUAAAUAUAAUUUUCUACAUAUGAAUUUUCUAUGAGUAUUAUAGUACCACAGACACAGGUGUAUAAUAGAUCUAAACAUAGGGCCUCAGCAGAUGCCACUUCUAUAUUUUUUGUGGUCAAGCGGAGCAUUCAAUAGUCCAGCCUUUUAAAAGCCAAUGCUUUUUGGCACAAGCUAUACUAUUGACUUUACAUAUAAGUGUAUGUAUACAUGCUACAUAUACAUAUUAUUUAUUUGAUGGCUUAUAAAGUCUAAAGAUUUUAUUUCAGCUGACGUCAUGUCCAGGUCCUACCAGCAAGAGUUGGAAUACAUUGAGAGGCUUGAUGUGAACAGCUUCAGAAUAAAGAAAGGGUUUGUCCCAAAUAUGAAGGUAGAAGGUGUUUUUUAUGUAAAUGACCCACUUGAGCGUUUGAUGUUAGACGAGUUGAGGAAUUCCUGCCGUACUGGAGGGUAUGGUGGAUUCUUACCUGGAGUUAAACAGAUCGCCAAUGUAGCUGCACUUCCUGGCAUUGUGGGGAGGUCUGUUGGACUUCCUGAUAUUCACUCAGGAUAUGGGUUUGCAAUCGGAAAUAUGGCUGCAUUUGAUAUGGCUGACCCUAAAGCUGUUGUAUCACCAGGUGGAGUGGGAUUCGACAUUAACUGUGGUGUGAGACUAUUAAGAACAAACUUGACAGAGAAAGACAUUCAGCCUGUUAAAGAACAAUUGGCACAGUGCAUGUUCGACCACAUACCUGUAGGAGUGGGCUCUAAGGGCAUAAUACCAAUGGCUGCAAGGGACCUGGAGGAAGCUCUAGAGAUGGGCAUGGACUGGUCUCUAAGAGAGGGCUAUGCUUGGGCAGAGGAUAAGGAACAUUGUGAAGAAUAUGGGAGAAUGCUACAAGCUGAUCCUUCUAAAGUCAGCGCCAGAGCCAAGAAAAGAGGCCUUCCACAGCUGGGAACACUCGGUGCAGGGAAUCAUUACGCAGAGAUUCAGGUUGUUGAAGAAAUCUAUGACAAAUUUGCUGCCAAGAAGAUGGGUAUAGAGUUCGAAGGUCAAGUGUGCUGUAUGAUCCACUGUGGAAGCAGAGGGUUGGGGCAUCAGGUUGCCACUGAUGCUUUGGUUGCCAUGGAAAAGGCUAUGAAACGGGACAAGAUUGAGGUGAAUGAUCGGCAGUUAGCAUGUGCUCACAUCAAUUCUCAGGAGGGUCAGGAUUACCUCAAAGGAAUGGCAGGGGCAGCCAACUAUGCAUGGGUGAACAGGAGCAGUAUGACGUUUCUAUGUCGACAGGCAUUCGCAAAGAUGUUCCAGACGACUCCUGAUGAUCUUGAUAUGCAAAUGAUUUAUGACGUGUCACAUAACAUUGCCAAAGUGGAAGAACACUUCAUAGAUGGCAAACAGAAGACAUUGUUGGUCCAUCGUAAAGGUUCAACUAGAGCCUUCCCUCCUCACCAUCCACUGAUUCCAGUAGACUACCAGUUAACUGGCCAGCCAGUGCUAAUAGGUGGCACCAUGGGUACCUGUAGUUACGUCCUGACUGGCACAGAGGUUGGCAUGGAAUCAACAUUUGGAACAACUUGCCAUGGAGCUGGAAGAGCACUAUCACGGGCUAAAUCACGUAGGAACAUAGGCUAUGACCAAGUGUUACAGUCACUACAGGAGAAAGGGAUCUCAAUCAGAGUUGCGUCACCAAAGCUUGUUAUGGAAGAAGCACCAGAAUCUUACAAAAAUGUCACAGAUGUAGUUGACACAUGUCAUAAGGCGGGAAUAAGCAAAAAAGCAAUCAAAUUACGCCCAGUUGCAGUGAUCAAGGGAUGAUAUAAUUGUGAUUGUGAACAGAAUGUGGACUUAGGAUAAUGCUUAAGGCACUACUGCCAUCUUUAAAUAACUUGCAGUACUAUUACUAUGUAACGUUCCUUGACGUUUGAAGGGAUCUCCUUAUUUGGAUAUAAAUAAAGAAACUUGUGGAGUAAUUGGAAAUAGAUAUCCCGGAUUAGAUGUACUUCAGAAUUGUGUUUGGUUGGCUUUAUGAAUAUAGUCAGGGGUUUCAUGAGAAUUUUUCACAACAGGCUAAAUAAAUAAAAAUAACAGGCAAAAAUUAAUGGAAAUCAUAAAUUUAACAUGGAAAAGAUGAAAAGUCCCUAAAAACAACAUGCGAUUUUGUGAAAAUUGCCUGUUGCCUGCUGCUAAUGAAUCCCCUGAUAGUUCUCUAUAGUAAUACUCAUUCAAGCCAU